UCGGAGCCCAGCGAAGAAGAAAAAGCCGCGAGUUGCGCGAGAGAGACAAGAGCUGGUACAGACAGAAUCAUCGAGCUUUGUCACAUCAAACCCUAAUCUGGUAACCGAUGUUCGUUUCUCCACCACAGUUUUAACCAAACCAGGUACUUCUCCGAUCAUCAGACAACACCAUACCUGUCUCCACCGUCUGCUCUAAUCCCCCAAUUCGUCGUCUAGUUGUCUUAAAUCGAUUCAUCAGAGUCUUGUUUCAGUCACAUCCACACGGAAAAAUAACAGAAUCUUCUCCCACCCCCAAUUCGAUUUCAGUAGGGUUUACGAAUCAGUCAGCUUCUCAUCUAUGCCCUUGAAUUCGCACAAAGGACCAAGACUUUGCUCGUAAUUUCAUUUCACUGUGAUUGAAAGUCUCAAUCUUCAGAGACGAAUACACCAAUGGUGGCAUAUGGUUUCUUGAAUAGUCUACGAAGCAUAUGGCCCUUUUCAAUCUUCAGCAAUGACAUAAAGGAAUCAAAGGAGCUUGUUCAGAGACUCUCACUUCCGGAUAACACAAAGAACUUUGUAUUUGCCAUCAGAGUCCCUGAGCAUGACUCCACUAUCUACAUCCUCUCUGCUCAGAACCUAUCUCAGAGAUCCGCUACAGACGCUGAGUAUCUCAUCCGAGAACUCCGCCCCGAUGCUGUUAUAACUCAAGUGAACAAAUCAGCUUUCGGAGAAGCUCAAGUUGAGGAGACUGUGUUGGGAAACGGGUCUAGCGACUCGAUUCCGACCUCAGCUUUUAGAGUUCUCAAGCAGUGUUUUGUGGAUAAGGUUAAUAAAGAGAAGUACGAGAGCGUUGCAGGGAUCUUGGUUUUGAGGGAGAUUUUCGGAACGAGUUUUAAUGGACAUGUGUUGGCUGCUAAAAGAGUGGCUUCUGAGGUUGGUUCUUCGUUUAUGGUGCUUGAGUCUCCUUUUGUUAAUAUUGAAGGGUCUUAUGAAGAAAGUGAUACGGGAGGGAAGGUGCAGGGUUUAGCUAAUAGUCUUGUACCACAAAGCUCUGGUGGCUCUGCUAUCUUGUCAGGUUCGAGAAGGUUUCUAAUAACUAAUGAUGUUCAGACACAGAUGCUGAAACUGUUAUCUUCGCAUAUCACUCUGCUUAGUAAAGAUCUUACCCCUCCAUCAAGUUGUGUCGCCAGUAGCGAUGAGGUUCCACUGUUUGCUCAUUCCAUUUACUCUUUACUUGUUGAUCUUCGUGACAUAUUUGAUGAUCUUCCAUCUAUUAGGAAAGCUUUAACCAGUGCUAGAAAGAUGUUGUCUGAUGUAGAUAGAGGGGAACCCAUGGAUACAGAUGUUCUUUCUGAAGUUUACCUGUUCCAGAUUGCGGUCGAAGGUCUGAGGAUUGCUUUGAACAAUGUUGGUCGGUUACCUAUCAAAAACCGAACCGAAGCUCAGUUUGAAAAUCUAUCUUCUGAGGACAAAUCUUAUGCACUUAUGGCAGAUCUUCUUCGUAGCCAGGCUAAAAGGUUUAAGAACAUAGUAGCAGUAGUAGAUGCAAGUAACCUCGCAGGUCUUAGGAAGCAUUGGAAGACUUGUGUUCCUCAAGAAGUAAGAGAUUUGUCUGAGCAUAUGGUACAGGCUUUUGAUAACGACGAGAGUAGUAAUGACUCAAAGUUGAAACGAUUGUUAUCUGAUAAACCAGUGGUAGCCGUUGGUGCAGGAGCAACUGCUAUUUGGGGUGCUUCAUCACUGUCCAAAGCCAUUUCUGCUUCUCCUUUCUUCAAGAUUAUAACAUUCAAAGUUCCAGCUUCAUUGAAUCUCUUUUUGACACAUACCCACAAGGCAAUGACAUAUGCAUUUACCAAAGUGGCGUACCCCUCAAAAGUGAUGGCUCCUGGUUUUGCUAGCUCUGGAGCCAAAUCAACUUCUCUGGUGAAAGCUUCUUUAUCAGCUGAGAAGAUCAGAGCAGUAACACAUAGUAUUAUAGCUUCAGCUGAGAAGACUAGCUUCUCCGCAAUGAGAGCUGCAUUCUAUGAGAUAAUGCGGAAGAGAAGAGCAAAACCUAUUGGUGCAUUACCAUUGGCAACGUUUGGAGCCAGUCUUUCAACUUGUGCAGGACUGCUUCUCUAUGGAGAUGGCAUAGAAUGUGCAGCUGUGUCUCUUCCUUCAGCUCCUUCUAUUGCGAAAUUGGGUCGAGGUAUUCAGAACUUGCAUGAGGCGUCUCUAGAAGUGAGAAGUAGAGAAAGCAACCGGAUACAAAAUGCAAUUGAGGCCCUUAGGCAAAAGCUGAAGAAGUUCAGACUUCAAUGAAGAACAGAGUUUUGACUUUCAUUAAAAUAUCUUCUUUUAGCUACUGUAUGUAUAUAUUUACAUGUUCUCUCUUUUGUAGAUGCAUGUUUUGAACAUAUAUAAUCUCUUGAUGGUGGAAAAAAAAAUAAACGUUGGUUUCAC